AUGUAAAAAAUUAAAUAAUAUUUCAAAGAAAAUGUUGUGACAAAAGUGCAGGAUGUAUAAUAAGCAGCAAUGAAUUGGAAGAAUUUCGCAAUAUUUUUUGGCCUUGGUUUGUGCUUCAUGUUUAUAGCAUUCACAUUUUUACCUCUGAUCAUAGUGUUUCCAGCCAAAUUCGGGGGACUAUUCAGUUUAGGAUCAUUAAGUUUAUGGAUUUCAUUGUUCAUUAUAAAAGGAGGAAAGAACUUUAUGAAGAUGUUUUGCAACAAGGAAAAAUUCAUCUAUACAAACAUUUAUGUGAUCAUGCUUAUAGCCACAGUGUACUUUAGUCUGAUCCACAAGAAUUACAUAUUCGUGCUCGUGUUUUCGAUUGCCUAGGUAUUUGAGUACUUAAAGACUUUAGAUGAUAUCUUUGGGCUGGCUGUUUGCGUCUUCAUUUCCAGCUGGGAUCACUGGAAUGAAGUUUAUUACAAAAUAAAUACUUGCACUUAUAAAAUAGAUAAUGUCUUUUUGCUUUAAGUCUUCACAAUCCAAUUCAUUUCUACCCAUAUGAGAUGA